AUGUUUAAACUACUACUGCUGUCAGCUGUUCUCAUCAUCAGCUGUUGUUCUUCCAGCCAUGGCCGUUAUUUGGGUCAUUCUCUGUAUAGACCCCAACCAUAUAAUCCAUAUCAUGAUUAUGGUUAUCCUCCUCCUCAUCCUCCCUCAACCUCAAUAGGUUUUCCCCAUCAAGUACCAACCAGUUAUUAUCCAGCUGGAACAUAUUUUGAUCAACGACGUGGAAUAUUGCGACCAUUUCCCGGUGGUGGUGUACCCAUUAUAGUGGAUUAUCACAAACGUUGUUCGGGUAAUUAUAUCGGUUUGAAACCCCAUCCAGAUGAGCGUCAAUACUAUUACGUUUGUAAGCCGGAUGCUGUGAUAUUUGGAAGAUGUCAAAGAUUUCAGCAAUUCAAUACCACAUGCGGUCAAUGCGUUCAGAUCAAACCCACCGAAUAUGAACCAAAAUGUACGGCCGAGGGACGUUUCCCCAUACAUUCCGAUUGUCAUCUCUAUUAUAAAUGUGAUAAAACAUUGCAGCCACAAAUCUACUCCUGUCCACACAAUAUGAUAUUCUCGCAGCAGACAAGUAAAUGUAUACCCGGCAAUAGAUGUAUACCCACCCAGAUUAUUACCGAUAAUGAUAGUGUACCAGAAUAUUGUGAAAAUAAAUAUCCAGCAUGUCAACAAAAUGGUGUAUUCCGAUCACCAUCGGAUUGUUCGCUUUACUAUACAUGUGAACUGCAAGAGAAUCGUGUAUUUUAUCAAACGAGAUUUAAAUGCCCCGGGGAAACCUUCUAUGACUUACAGACAAAUUGCUGUCGCCCCAAGGACCAAGUGCCAUGCGAUUGUAUAACUCUGGCCGAAUUAGUUUAUCCCACAAGUCACCUCCGACCAUAUCAUCCCUUUCAACAACAUCCCAUGAUUCAUCCAAGUGAAUUUGAUUUGGAUUCCCUUGAAAAUAUUGAACAUGCAACUGAGUCAUCUUCAGAGGAGGAGUUGGAAGAACCAAGACAAACAGAAUUCGAAGAUUCCGAAUCCAAUUCAUUGGAGGAAGAAGUUAUUGAGAACACAGAUGAUUCUGAGGAAAGUGUAAAGAAUGCAGCAGAUGCAGCCGUGACACCCAUCCGCGAUGUUACAACUGAAUCUUCAGCCGAAAUGUCUGUAGAGUCUCUUGCAGAUGUGGCUGCUGCUACUUCGACAGUUGUUCCGGCAAUAACAACAGAAAUAGCUACCGAAGCACCAGAAGAAACUACGGUACCUACAGAAGCUGUUCCAGAGGCAACUACAGAGGUUGUUGUCUCAACUGAAGUCCCAGAGGCUAAUACAGAAGAACCUGCCACAACAGAUGAUGAUGAGAAUGAUAAAAUUGAAGUUCUGGGUAGUGAUGUUGAUUUUGGUGAUCGCUUCGUUUUACAAGAUGACAAAACCUGGAAUAAUGAUGGCCCUGGAAAAACAAUAUUUCUGGGAAUAAAAUCACCAUCAGAUUCAGAUUCUGACGAACAUGACAAACAUCAUGAUCACCACCAUGAUCACUCGCAUCAUGGCUCACAUGAAAACACAAGUGAAUCCAGCCACGAAGCAAAUAAUUCACACAUUGAAACCGAUGAAGAGAAAGAUGAAAAUAAAACCGAUGAACAUGGUUCCGAAGAAGCUAGUCAUGGAUCUGGAGAAAACAGUCAUGGAGCGGGAGAAGACAGUCAUGGAUCUGGAGAAAACAAUCAUGAAUCGGGAGAAAAUAAUCACGGAUCUGGAGAAAAUAAUCAUGGAACUGGAGAAAACAGUCAGGGGUCAGGUGAAGGCAAUCAUGGAUCUGGAGAAAACGGUCAUGGUUCCGGAGAAGGUAGUCACGGUUCUGGAGAAAAUGGCCAUGGAUCGGAAGAAAAUGGUCAUAAAUCCGAAGAAGGCAGUCAUGAUUCGUCAGAAGGCAACAAUGAAGAAGAAAAUGAAACAACUGAACCCCCUGUUUCGCAAUCAACUGAUGCAACUACAACUACAGAUAUUGAUAGCGCCACAAAUGCCCCGGAAAGCUCUGAAAAUGGACAGAAACCAUGUAAUGAUAUUGCAACAGAUACACAAACGAAAUUACACACCCAAAAACACUGUUCCACUGCAACACAACAGAAUAGUCGAACAGCGACACUUGUUGAUAAAACCACAAACGAUGUUAUCGUGAAUGCCAGAGAACUCUCCACACUACAUCCCAACACAACACCAACAACACAUCGUGAUCCAACGAUUAAUGAUGUUAUCGAUCCGAGAUUACACCAUGCUAAUCAAACACCCAGUACCACAAGCACACGAAACACAACUCCAACACCAAAGAAGUCUUUCGAAAUAACCACAGGCGACAAUUUUACACAAAAACCCAAAACAACUCCCAGAUUUUUCGAUCCAACCACAAAUGAUGUUAUUGACAUCGAUACACAAAAAACUAGUACAUGGAGCACUCCAACAACACUCCACCUUACCGAUAAAACCACAAACGAUGUAAUAUCGACGGAAAACAUCGUUUCUACACAAAGAACCAUAACUACACCUUCAGAUCGUGAUUCCACCAUCAAAGGUGUAAUUGAUCAGUUUGAUUCGUUUUUACAUCACAGUAAAACCGCUUUUACACCAAGUACCUUACAAUCGGAUAACACUACACCCAUGUCGACUUCUACACAUCGCGAUCCAACCAUCGGUGAUGUUCGUAAUGAUGAAUCGAGUACAUUAAGUACUCCUGUUCAUAAAACCACAAAAGAUUGGUUACAAGAAUUUGAAUUAGUGUUUGGGGCAAAACAAGGUCCAAAAACACCUACACCAAUAGAAGGUGAAUUCCUACCAUUAGAUAAAUCAGAAGACCUCUUAAAACACUCCAAAGAGCAUAAGGAUUCUAUAACUGAAGAACCAACGGCCGUAACUUCCUCUAAAACUGAUUUCAAAUCGGUUGCAUCCGCAACAGAAUCUGAGGGUAUCAAAUUGCCAAUUGGUGGCACAGAACAGCCGGUGACCAAAAGUUUUAUUCAAGGGGGCCACGAUGAUCUCUUUGAUGAUGACGAAGAUGAGGAACCUUCUGUCCUAUCCGAUGAAAUUGUAAUACCUGAUAGUGGCACUGAAGAACCUGAAACCGCUGCCACACCUGCAAGACCAAGUGUUUCCGAAGAACAAGUUUCCAAACAUGAGGAUAAGGGUUUGAUACCUGAAUGUAUAAAAGUAUCGAAUAGUGGCACUGAUGUCCCGAAUCUCAAUGAAGUCACGUCUGAACUGUCUUCCGCAAAAUUCUCUCAUCCAGACCAUGAUGAUAUUUUCGAUGAUGAUAAUGCUGAUGACGAACCCUCAGUUCUCUCCGACGAAAUUGUAAUACCCGAUAGUGGCACGGAAGCUCCAACAUCACAUAAUAUUCCUUCCGCAACAGAUAAACCGAAAUUGGCUAUUCCAAAAUUACAUACAGAUCCUUUGACAAAUGCUAUACAAAUUCCAAUCACUGGCACCGAGGAACCGAUCUUCCAUAACUCAGAUAGUUUCACAACAAUUGACCCAGAUUUAGUUACUUCGCAAAAACCACCUUCUGCCAGGUUGUUCGAUCAAGAUCAUGAUGACGUUUUCGGGGAUGAUGAGCCUUCGGUGCUGUCAGAUGAAAUAAUAAUACCAGAUAGCGGAACAGAAGAUCCGGAAUCUAAUGAGAAGCUUCAUACAACUGUCAGGCCAAAAUCAAGCAUUCCCGGUCAUUUUAGUUUCACACAUAAAACGACCCAUACUUCGGUUAGAUCAGAUGCUAUAAAACUACCAAUUACUGGUACCGAAGAACCGAACUUCAAUGAUUCUGAUCGGGAAUCCAUAAUCACUUCCCCAAAAUCUAUUGCAGCUGAAAGACAUCCCUCACCGAAAUUAAUCGAUCCCGGCCAUAACGAGGAUAUAUUUGAUGACGAUGAACCUUCGGUAUUAUCAGAUGAAAUUGUCAUACCAGAUAGUGGUACAGAAGACCCUAAUUCAAGUAAAACUCUUCAGACAACAGCCAAACCUAAGACAAAGGAACAUACGACCCCGAAACAGAAUAGUACGAAGCAUGAAGAUGAUGAAAAAUCCAAUUUGUCAGACGUUAUAAAAAUUCCCCUGAGUGGUACUGAGGAACCCAGCUUCACUGAUGCGGAUAGUUUUACUACGACACCUGGACCUGAAGUAGUUUUUCCUAAGAAACUUCCUUCGGCAAAAUUAUUCGAUCCCGAACAUGAUGAUAUAUUCGAGGACGAUGAACCUGUGGUGCUUUCCGAAGAAAUAAUUAUACCAGAUAGUGGCACCGAGGAACCUGUUGCUAAUGAAACCACUACACCAACAAAAUCCGUAACAUCUAAUCAAACUAUAUCCUCUGGGACAAAGGAUAUACAAAUCCCCAAUGGUGGCACUGAGGAUCCGACCGUCAUUAAUUUCGAAGGUGGUGCAACAACAUUCGAACCUGAAUUAUUUAAACCUAUGAAACUUCUUUCACCAAAAUUGAUUGACCCACAGCACGAUGACAUCUUCGAUGAUGAUGAUGAUGAGGAUCCCUCAGUCCUAUCAGACGAAAUUAUUAUACCAGAUAGUGGCACCGAAGAGCCUUUAACUGUCACAACUUCUAGACCCAAAUCAGCAGGUUCAAUUGAACAGCAUUCUCAUGAAGAUAGCGAUACUACUGUCCUGCCGUCCGAUAUAAAAAUACCGAUUAGUGGAACCGAGCAGCCAUCCUUUAAUGAUUUUGAUGGUUCGGCUACAACAUCGGCACCUGGACCAACUCUAAAUAAAAAAAUACCUUCUGCAAAACUAAUUGAUCCCGAUCAUGAUGAUAUAUUUGAUGACGAUGAUGAUGAACCCUCUGUUCUAUCCGAUGAAAUAAUAAUACCGGAUAGCGGCACAGAGCAGCCUAGUUCUAAAGAAAUCCUUUCACCAAGUCAUCGUAAUGAUGAUAUAAAACUUCCGAUUAGUGGAACUGAAGAACCGGACUUCAAUGAAUCUGUUGGCGCCACUACGCCUACCGACCCUGAUUUAGUUAAUCCUAAGAAACAUCCUGUUCCAAAGUUAUUGGACCCUGAUCAUGAUGAUAUCUUUGAUGACGACGAACCUUCUGUCCUCUCCGAUGAAAUAAUAAUACCAAAUAGUGGAACCGAAGCACCAGAUUCUGAUGAAACAACUCUUAGACCAAAAACAAGCAACUCCAAAAAACCUCAGGAGGACGAUGAUACCUUUGUUGAUUCGGACGACCUAAAAAUUCCGGUAUCUGGUACCGAGACACCAGAUACCCUAUUGACACCUGUUCCCAUACGAAAAUCACCUCCCAAGUUAAUUGAUCCCGAUCAUGAAUCGGAAUUUGAGAACGAUUUUGAAGGUUCUGGAUUUUCCGAUGACAUAAAAAUACCAAUUGGUGUUACGGAAGAACCCAAUUUCAAUCCAUCUUCGUCGUUAGACCCAGAUUAUGACCUUGAAAAUGAUGAUGCAUCGGUUCUUUCAGAUGAUAUUAACAUUCCCCUUAGUGGAACAGAGGAGCCAGAAUCAAAGGCUCAUCCUACCACAUUAUUAGAUCCUGAUUAUGAGCACGAUGAAGAAGAAACUGAUGACAAUGAAUCUGUAUUUUCGAACAUCAGUCAUCUACCCUCCUUUUGGGGAACAGAGGACACCGUAGCUUUUACAACCAUCUCCCCUCAUGCCACAAACAUUUUUGAUCCCGAUUAUGUCUUCGACGAUGAAAGUGAUAUAAAAAUACCAAUAAGUGGAACCGAUGGACCAAACGAAACUACCACACCAUCCAGCCACAGUUCUGAAGAGGAAGAUGAAACAAACGUCUUAUCAGAUGAAAUAGUCAUACCCAUACAUACAACAGAUACACCGCACACGACUUCAACACCAUCACCUCCGACAACAACUCCUUCCUCGAUAGAACCACCAAUAACACAUUCCAGAUCCACCGAAGUUCAAACCACACCCACACCUACCCCCAAAUAUUUGGAUACUAAACAAACGCAAACAAAUAAUAAUCGUAGUGAAUUUUCAUUACACUUUAGACAGGAGGAUGGUUGCCCCUCGGAAUCCUUAGUCAAGCCAUCCGAACAGAAUAAUAUUUAUAUAAGUCUUUUAAAUUUAGAUACAAACAAACCAGUGAAUAAUACUAAUUCUACAAAUAUUCCUACUACUACUAAUCUUAAUCAAACUGCAGUUAAGCCGCCGCCAUGUGAACCGAAAAAGGCCAGUCUGCCACGUUUGGAGAUAUUCGUUGAGCGGCCAAUGGAUGUGCGUUUCGUCAUCUGCCCCAAGACCUGUACAAAGGAUCAUAAACAUAAUUAUGACGAAAAAGACAACCGUGCUGUCCACUUAAAAUGGUAUCCCAAUCGAUCCAAUCAAACUUUGGCCCUUGAAACUUCGAAUCGUUUGAAAAUCGACGGAUGAGUUGUUAA